CUCCCCUCGUCGCCUAUAAUAAACCGUACCCACCUGCUGCCACACUCACUCACUCUCUCUCUCUCCACAGUGCACACGUACGCAGGUAGCUAGCUAGAGAGAUCAACGCCGGCAACACAGCAAUAAUGGCGGCGGCGGCGGCGAAGAAGGGCCUGGUGCUGCUGGACUUCUGGGUGAGUCCAUUCGGGCAGCGCUGCCGCAUCGCGCUAGCAGAGAAAGGCAUCCCGUACGAGUACUCGGAGCAGGAGCUGCUGGGCACCAAGAGCGACCUGCUGCUCCGCUCCAACCCGGUGCACAAGAAGAUCCCGGUGCUGCUCCACGACGGGCGCCGCGUGUGCGAGUCCCUCGUCGUCCUCAACUACCUCGAGGAGGCGUUCCCGGAGACCACCCCGAAGCUCCUCCCCGACGCCGCCUACGCGCGCGCGCAGGCCCGCUUCUGGGCGGCCUACUCCGACAAGGUGUACGAGGUCGGCACGCGGCUGUGGAAGCUCAAGGGCGAGUCCCAGGCGCAGGCGCAGGCGCGCGCCGAGAUCGUGCAGGUGCUCAGGAACCUGGACGGCGAGCUCGGGGACAAGCGCUUCUUCGCCGGCGAGGCGUUUGGGUUCGUCGACGUCGCGCUCGUGCCCUUCGUGCCGUGGCUCCCCAGCUACGAGAGGUACGGGGAGUUCAGCGUCCAGGAGAUCGCGCCCGGGCUGGCGGCGUGGGCCCGCCGGUGCGCCGAGAGGGACAGCGUCGCCAAGAGCCUUCACCCGCCGGAAAAGGUGGAUGAGUUCAUCAACCUGCUCAAGAAGACCUACGGCAUCGAUGAGUAGUAGAUAGAGCGGACUGACUAGCGGAGAUGAUACGUGUACGUGUGGUUGCCAUGCAGUUUUUAUUUACUCCGGUGAAUGAAUGAACUCUUCCGUUCCUUGUGCUUAUA